AUGCGAGCUCUCCAUCUUAUCGUUGCCUUCUUUUGCCUGGCUGAGGCAAAGGGGAUUUCUGUUGAGCAAAGACGCAAAGUAGUGCAGUCCUUCAGUGUACGCCGAAAUGCAAGUUCUGAUACAACUCCGUUGCAAGUCGGAAAUGGAAACUUUGCCUUCGGGGCCGACAUUACCGGGCUCCAAACCUUCAAGCCCUUUGCUAUCAUGAACACUUGGGGAUGGCACAACUUCAGCCUUCCCACCACCCCAGGGCAGACUGCUGUAGAAGACUACACCGGCUUGGAAUGGUGGACGCAUGGAAGACUGGUCCGCUAUGAACAGCCAAACCCAGCCCAAAACGACAUCUCGAACUGGCUGAGAGAGAACCCUCAUAGACUCAACCUCGCCAAUGUCGGACUACACUUUGGUGGUCAUGAUGUUGUCGAAAGUGAUCUGGAGGAAAAGACCCAGGAGCUAGACAUGUGGUCGGGAAGACUGACCUCAUCUUCCAGAUUCAAUGGGUCAAAGAUUGUAGUUCAGACAUGGGCCGAUUCGGACUCUGACACUGUUGCUGUUCAGGUUCAGUCAUCACUCUUGAAAAGGGGAGAUCUUGGUCUAUUUCUGGACUUUCCCUACCCAGACAAGGAAAAGUUCAAUGCUCCUUUUGUUGGACACUUCAAUCUAGCCUCCAAACACAAAACGACUUGGAAGCAGCUUUCGCCUCAAAGUGCCCAGAUCAAGCACACGUUGGACGGCACCACAUACUAUACGCUGAUUCAGUGGGAAGGCAGUGAAGCAACCAUCACCGGACCCCUGGACGGAACUCAUCGCUACGUCCUCGCCCCUAAAUCAUCCUCCAAGAUCCAACUCGUCAUCUCCUUCUCACCGACACCCAACUUUUCCAGCAAGAAAGCCAGCUACCGGCAAAUCACUACCGCCUCUCGCAACUGGUGGAAAAACUACUGGACCAAAGGCGCCUUCAUCGACCUCACCCCCGUCCACUCCGACCCCCGCGCCCUCGAACUCCAACGCCGCAUCAUCCACUCCCAAUACCUCACAGCAGUCAACUCAGCCUCCGAUUUCCCCCCGCAAGAAUCCGGCCUAGUCAACAACGGCUGGCACGGCAAAUUCCACCUCGAGAUGAACCUCUGGCACACCCUCCCCUUCGCCCGCUGGAACCACCUUGACCUCUUCCACCGCUCCCUCCCCCACCUCUACAACCAACUCCUCCCCUCCAGCCUCUCCCGCGCAGAAAAGCAAGGCUACAACGGAGCCCGCUGGGGUAAAAUGACCGACCCCCUCACCAGCCGGUCAUCCCCGGGGGAAAUAAACUCCCUCCUCAUCUGGCAGCAGCCUCACCCAAUGUUUUUUGCGGAGACAGACUACCUUUCCCACCCCAACAACCUCACCACCCUCCAGAAAUGGGACGCCAUCCUGACAGAAACGGCGAAUUUCAUGGCGGACUUUGCCUGGUUCAACUCCUCCACCAAAGUCUACGACCUCGGCCCUCCGUUGUAUCCCGUGUCGGAGAAUACCAACCCUAAUAUCACCCUCAACCCUACUUUUGAGCUCGCCUACUGGAGGUUUGGUCUUGAUGUUGCGACGAAGUGGAAAGCGAGACUGAACCAGACGUCGCCAGAGAUUUGGGGUAUUGUCAGGGAUAAUUUAGCUCCCCUGCCAGUCGUCAACAACACUUACGCUACUUAUGAAGGGAUCCCAAACAUGUGGAUUGCCGCAGAGACAACGUUUGACCACCCUGCUCAGGCUGGGAUAUUUGGUCUCCUUCCCCCGUCACCGCAGGUGGACCUCACGGUAGUCAACAACACGGCUCGCAAGAUCAAGGAGACGUGGAGACUGAAUGAGAGCUACGGGUGGGAUUUCGCAAUGUUGGCUAUGAAUUCCCUGAGACUGGGGGAUGUAGAGCAGGCGGUGGAGUAUCUACUUCAUCCCAUCUUCAAAUUUGAUGAUGCUGGCUACGCGGUGGGAGGGGAGAGGGUGCCCACCCCGUAUUUUCCCAACAGUGCUGGACUGCUGAUGGCGGUGGGGAUGAUGGCUGGGGGUUGGGUGGAUGAUGAGGGGGUGAAGUUGCCUGAGCAAUGGGUUAGGGAGGGGGCGAGAGCUGAGGGGUUCGUGGUUGCUUUGUGA